GCCUUUCGGUUUUGUUUGGAGGGUCGAAGCCGAGCAGGUUUUGUCAGUGUUGAUUUUUCAAACAUUCACUGGUGGUUUUGAAACCUUUUUAAUUUUUCUUUUUCUUGUUGGUUUCUGUCGACUUUUGCUGUUGCUGUGCUUUGGUUUGCAUUUUGCGGUGUUGUUUGUUGCCUUGGAGUUUUAUGAUUUUGAUGUCUUGGUGGAUCCCACCAGUCCAGCCCUUUGAUUUGACUUUUUCUUUCUAUACUAAAAGGAGUAAUUUUUAAAGACCCCAUGGCGUCUUAACCUCAUGUACUUUUCUUGCAGCUGAGCUCACAGGUUUGUUGUUUUUGUCUUUUUUCUAUUUCAUUGUACUUUUGCUGGUGGCAGUAUCAAGCAUUUUUGGAUGUGAUCAUAUUUUUUUCUGAAUAGAUGAUGCUGGGUGCACGGGGGAAGUUUUGAUUCUUUUUGGUUUUCUGUGUCCACGAGGAUGAACAGACAUUUUUUUCCCCUCUGCAGGAGGGCAACUAGAGGAGGAUGACUGGUAAAACCCAAACCAGCAACGUUACCAACAAGAAUGACCCUCGCUCGCUCAACUCCAGAGUCUUUAUUGGCAACCUCAACACAGCCAUCGUCAAGAAGACCGAUAUAGAGGUCAUCUUUGCCAAGUACGGCAAGAUUGUGGGUUGCUCCGUGCACAAGGGUUACGCCUUCGUACAGUACAUAAAUGAGAGAAAUGCCAGAGCGGCUGUGGCAGGAGAAAAUGCCCGCAUCAUCGCUGGACAGCCUCUUGACAUAAACAUGGCAGGCGAGCCAAAGCCGUACAGGCCUAAGGCGGGCUCCAAACGGCCGCUCUCAGCUGUUUACAGUGGUUAUGAAUUUGAUUAUGAGUACUACAGGGACGAUUUUUAUAGCAGGCUUUUCGACUAUCACGGCAGAGUGGCCCCCCCACCGCGAGCUGUCAUUCCUCUGAAGCGCUCCAGGGUGCUCGCUCCCUCUUCCCGCCGCGGGAAGACUUCCUUCCCCAUCAAAACAUCGUCUUCUUCCUCCUCUUCAUCCUCCAGACCUCCCGCCUUGUCCUCGUCCUCGGGGCUCAAAUCAGUGAAGACGGACCAGCUUCAAACGAUUAAACGGGAGCUCACCCAGAUCAAGAUGAAGAUCGACUCUUUGCUGGGACGUCUGGAGAAGAUCGAAAAGCAACAGAGAGCCGAGUCUGAGGCUCAGAGGAAGUACGAAGACAACUGUGACUCACUGCAUGAGGAGUCUGUAUCUGAGACGGCAGAGAACUCUGGGGAGGACGCUGGCGAGGGGGCACUGGAUGUGGAAGCAGGAGAGAUGACCGAUGGAGGCGAGGAUGACUACGACGAGGAGGGCAACCACCAUCUGAUAGAGAACCAUGUAUCAGACAUUGACAACUGAAACGAGGGCGACGAUGCAGACGUCCUGGCUGGAGGUAUUAGAAUUCAUCAAAGCCUUCAAGAGAGAGAAAAGGAUCUCUGAGGGUUGGAGAAGCCCAUUCUGGACUGUAAAUUGUGUUCAAGAGACGCUGAAUCACAUUUUGAUACACAAACGGAGCGUGAUGCGCCCAAACGUGUUCCGAACCCAUUUUCAUGCAUUGGCCCGAGUGUAGCUCAUGGACAUUCUGUGCAUCCAACUUUUCACUGCAAGAGCCUAAAAGUACCGUGUGCUGAUCGUGUUGCUGCAAGGAGCA